UCCUCGGAGCAGCGUUGUGUGCGCGCACCGCGUGGCCACGUUCUCUUCCGGCACGCGCCCCACUCGGCCAUGGUGGGGAAAGUACGGCGUCCGCGGCUGCACGGCGCCGCGCCCCGACCCCCGCUGCGCCCCGACCCGGCGCCGCCCGGUCCUGGCGGCCGUACCGCGUCCGCGGCGAAGGACUGGGACUUCUCAUCAUCUGACAUCUUUUCUGGGCUGACUAUUGACCCUGAUUCUCUGGUGAAGAAACUUGACUUGGACACCAGAAGCAUUGUUUCAUCCAAGACAGACCUUUAUAGAGCUGAAUGGUGUUUGAGAGGAACUCUGACACUGACGGAUGGUAUGGGAAGCCUCUCCAGAUGAUUUUAAUCUGCGGCACCCUCCAUCAGAAGUCUGUAGAUUGCAACAAAUCACCGUGAUGCCAGAGGACUCUUCUACUGUUGCAGAAGUUUAAAGGAUGAAAACCAAUGAGGACCCUACUUCAAGAAUCAAGCCGUCCAAGUCCUGAACUGCGUGGGACUGCUUGACAUUGAAAAUGGUGACCCAUUGCAGGUAGCUUAAGUGAAAAUUUGGAAUACAGUGGGAAUGCUACUGUAACUUUAGGAUACUGGUGCCUCACAAGUAAUUCAAGGAGGAAGUCCACACUGGUUAAAAUCAGUUUAGUAAUUCACUGUGCUAUGUGAGGCCCUCUGUGAGAAUAGCUGUGUGAAGCUCCAGCUUAAUUAGAGUCAAUGCAAUUAAAUGAGAAGAGCUAAAAUGAAUGUCUGAAAUCUGUGCUGCUUCAAGUGCUUUGACUUCUGGAAACAGCGUUUCCGUGUUGUGAGUGCCUUUUGCCAGACCACGGAAAUCUGUUGUGUUAAUAUUUAUGGAAGUAAUUAACUUUUUUUUUUUUUCCUUCCCUUCCCUAUGGCUGUGGCUAAGUCCUUAUUCUUAGUAUUAACAUUUUAAAAACGAUUCUACAAUUAGCUUGUGGUCAUGGAUACUCAUUGCCACACAAACAAUAACAUUUUCCAGAGUGCCUUGAGCUGCCAAGAUGUUUGCAGUCUGGGAGAGGAGGACGUCAGUAGCAGGAAAAGUCUGAAACAAAUCUUCGGAGUUUGUACAACAUGUCAGAUCAUUCUGAGUGCAUUUUCUGCUUGAUUCCUGUGACUGUGUGACAUUCACCGCCUAUGAAGGUGGGAGUGUGUGCAUACGUGGAUGUAAGGGAGGUGAGCCCGGCUGCUGGAGCUGCUGUAGGGCUGAGAGCUGUACUGCUGGGGAAUCAUGAAACCGUAGAAUCAUUAAGGUUGGAAAAGACCACCGAAGUCAUCUACUCCAAACAUCAACCCAUCACCGCCAUGCACACUAAACUGUUUCCCUCAGUGCUACGUCUACCCUUUUCUUGAAAACCUCCAAGCAGCAGCUGUGAAGCUGCAUCCUCUGGCCUUUGUAAGACUUGAGUGCUCUAGUGUGUGGUUGUUAGGUCCAGCGUCAGUCCCUUGUGGCAUGAAGGGGCUCUGCUGCAUUGAGACUGUUGCAUCCAGAUCAGGUAUGAUGGGCAUAGCAGCUUGUGUGUGGUGCAGCAUCUUGCUCUGUGAGAUUAUGAAUCCCAAAGCCUUAAAAGGAUACUAAUGUAGCAAGGGUUUCUCCUCCUUUAAUGCGGUCAGACAUUGUUACACAAAAAUAAAUCAACCCUGCUUAGGAGAAUACUGGAGCUGGAGAGGGUUACCAGCAAAAAUCCUUGUGUUGUUGUUUUAAUGUUACAGCCUUGGCAUAAUUGAGUUACACAAUUACAAAUGCUUCAAAGGAAAAGAAGCCUGGUUCUGCACUGGUGGCAAAGAUACCACCCAACAUUGAGUCCAAGUAAGGAAACUGUCCCCUGAGACAUGGCAGGAACAGUUACACACUGAGUAAAGUGAGAAAGAAAAAUCCCAUUAGGGGGAGGAAGUGACUGUGGGGAGAGCCAGGUUGACAGCUCUGGAAGUUGAGAGCUCUUUCCUUGUCACCAGAGCAUGUAUGGAGUUGGGUCAAACUGUCAAACAUAUUUCUAAAAUACAUACCCUGGGAGUUUAAUUUUUAAUGUACGCUCUACUUAGAAUAUUGGUAGAGACUGGUAAAGGAUGGAUGGGAAAUCUCCUUUCUGGGUUUUCCCUUCUGACUGGCUUGGUCGUGCUGGGAAAUGUCCAUGUGAGGAACAUUAUUCUGCUUGGGUAUUCUUUCUUUCAAGGGUCUUCUGUGCUAAGAUUGCCAUCUGUAUAAAUCAGAUCGCUGGAUUACUAGAGACAAAUCUCUGCUUUGCCAGUGUAGGUCUUACCUGAAUUAUGAGCUGUGUAUUUAAUAGUAGAAUUCUCAAGAGCUGAUGUCUGUCAUUCAGACUAAGUCUUUAAUGUAAGUAUGUAUUUAAUGGAAUAGUCUCACUUGAUUUGUUUGUUUUGUUUUAGUGUAGAAUCAGUUAACAGGGGCACUCUGUAAUCUUCCAGUUACCCUACUGAUGGCUCAUAAGUUAUAAUUAUGGGAAAACGUAAUACUCAUGUGGAGCUUUCUCCCUCAGUCCACCAAAAUUGCAAUGCGCACUUAAAAAGAAGAAGAAAAAAAAAAAGGUAUAGAGUGCUGGUUUCUGUGCUGAGAUCCAUUCUGCUCAGGGGAUCCUUGGAAU